AUGGACCACCAAUAUCAUUCUUGGCGCCGACAGUUAGCUUCUGAACAAAGUGGGACGGCAAAACGACUAGGUACUAAGGCAGCGCUCUCCCAAGCAACGACUCGUAUAGCCAGUUUCAAUGCCUCGAGUCUUUACAAUGACGAAGUGUUCGCAAGUGUAGGAACAGUUCCUGACAACAACACGCGCAACUCAAAGCAUAGUGACAACCACAACCCGACAGCAGUGGCUAGACCACAACAGCUAUCAAGUAUAAUUUGCCCUGUCUCCCAUGUCACAACGAUGUUAGAAGUUGACUGGCCUAUACGAAAGGCGGUACUGCGUGAGGCCAAAGGGAAACAGAGCGCCAAGUGCAACACAGACCAAGGCUACGUCGGUCCAAUGAUCGGUCCCUAG